UAAACAUGGACACAAGAGCAACUGUGUCGGCCUGGAUGGAGGAUGUUAUGAAUUAAAUAACGUACACGUUCAUAUAUUCAGAUGUUGAAUAAGUAUCUGAAAUUCAUGCGUACAAAAAUCAAAAACACAAUUGCAAAUAGUUUACUUUGAACACACGAUAAAAUGAAUUAAAUCCGUAUAGAUUUUUAUUUGGGCAGUUUCAGCGUCACUUUGUUUGGGGUCCUUCGUUAGCUAGGCGCCAGUCACUCUCUUGUUAGCAACAGAGCUACACGUCUGUGUUUUGGAUACAUCGACUUGAAUACUGUUUAUUUUUGAUAUUCGUGGUCUCAAAAUUGGUCAGCGAUGAAUUUAGAGUUGCUCGAGUCGUUCGGGCAGAACUAUCCAGAGGAGGCCGAUGGCACUCUGGACUGUAUCAGUAUGGCUCUCACAUGCACCUUUAACCGCUGGGGUACGCUUCUGGCGGUGGGCUGCAACGACGGACGCAUCGUCAUCUGGGACUUCCUGACACGGGGCAUCGCCAAGAUCAUCAGCGCUCACAUUCAUCCAGUCUGCUCACUGUGUUGGAGUCGAGACGGUCACAAGCUGGUGAGUGCGUCUACAGAUAACAUAGUGUCGCUAUGGGACGUCCUGACGGGAGACUGUGACCAGAGGUUCCGCUUCCCCUCGCCCAUCCUCAAACUGCAGUACCACCCCAGAGACCUUGACAAAGUCCUGGUGUGUCCUAUGAAGUCCGCUCCGGUGCUGCUGACCCUGUCCGACUCUAAACACGUGGUUCUGCCCGUGGAUGACGACUCUGACCUGAAUGUGGUGGCGGCCUUCGACCGGCGGGGGGAGUACAUCUACACCGGCAACGCCAAAGGAAAGAUUCUGGUGCUGAACACGGACACACAGGAUCUGGUGGCAUCGUUUCGGGUGACGACAGGGACCAGUAAUACCACAGCCAUCAAGUCCAUAGAGUUUGCGCGCAAGGGCAGUUGUUUCCUCAUCAACACAGCAGACAGAAUCAUCAGGGUGUAUGACGGGAGGGAGAUUCUCACCUGUGGGAGAGACGGGGAGCCAGAGCCCAUGCAGAAACUACAGGACCUUGUCAACAGGACUCCCUGGAAGCGGUGUUGUUUCUCUGGGGAUGGGGAGUACAUUGUGGCUGGUUCAGCCCGGCAGCAUGCUCUGUACAUCUGGGAGAAGAGCAUUGGCAACUUGGUGAAGAUCCUCCAUGGAACCAGAGGAGAAUUACUGCUGGACGUGGCUUGGCACCCUGUGCGGCCAAUCAUCGCCUCCAUAUCCAGCGGAGUGGUGUCCAUCUGGGCUCAGAACCAAGUGGAAAACUGGAGUGCGUUCGCCCCAGACUUCAAGGAGCUGGAUGAGAACGUGGAGUACGAGGAGAGAGAGUCUGAGUUUGACAUAGAGGAUGAGGAUAAGAGUGAACCUGAACAAACAGGUGCUGACGCUGCGGAGGAUGAGGAGGUGGAUGUGACCUCUGUUGACCCCAUCGUUGCAUUCUGCAGCAGUGAUGAGGAGCUGGAGGACUUCAAGGCCCUGCUCUACCUGCCCAUUGCUCCAGAGGUAGAAGACCCUGAGGAGAAUCCAUUUGGUCCCCCUCCGGAUGCAGCCGGCCAGACCACCCCCGUAGAAGAUGGUUCAGCCCACACAGGGAGCGGGGACAAGAAGCGCCAGCCGUCCUCGGAGGGAGUUCCGCCCAAAAAGAAGGCUCGUACCACCACCAUCGAACUACAGGGGGUGCCUAGUGAUGAGGUGCACCCCUUACUGGGGGUAAAGGGAGACAGCAAGUCCAAGAAGAAGACGGCAGGGCGGCCAAAAGGCUCCAAAGGGAGCCUGGUUUCACAGUCCUACAAGCAGCAUGAUAUCGGGGGACUGGACUGAGCCAGCCCCAUAAUCAUCAUCGCCCCCUGUGGUUCUGGACGGGGAAGGACAGGCACCUAAAUUCGGCCUGUUUUUACUCUCCUAAAAUCAAGACACUUUGUGAUAUCACUCAAGACUGUCAUUGUGGUAUCACCCCUCCCCCACCACCACCACCACAACCCCAAAAGACUCAUUAUGACAUCACAGCCUUCUAUUGCUCAGGCUGUGACUUUCCCUACCAGCUGUCUCUCUCUGUCCUCUCUCUGUGCUGGCUGCUAUGGUUACCUGGAUUAUCUCCCUCCUGUCAAAGACUGAUGUAUGUGACCUGAUGAUGUCACAAGUUUUAGAUGAGAGUUCUGACUAGGAACUCCUGCAACAUAGCAGAUUCACACUUUCUCAUUUUCAUGUUUUUUUUUUGGAUGAGUAACAGAAACAAACCAAGAGAAGAGGGAAGCAACAGUCUGCAAUAGUAUAGGGUCACCUCUUCUCCCCUCUGUCUUUUUUUUCUGUAGAAUGACUGAUGUACAGAUACAGUACAGGAGUUAUUACAUGGAAUGUGUCCCAACUGGUCUCCUUUUAACUCUGUUUCUGGACAUGUCUUUUUGUGUUUCUUUUUAUACAUGUUAUUAAACCAUUUAGAUUGUUUUUGA